AUGCUCACCCCACUAGCCAUAGCCGCCGCAUCAGGAAUCGGAGGAGUAGUCCUACUAAGGUAUUCGCUGCGGACAGCAAGAUCAAAUGGACAGGUCCUCUCACCCAUGAUGAACAUGAUUGCCGGCAAACCUCGAGCGAAGAAGAUUGGCGAAUUGACAGGAGAUUGGCAUGUCGGUGGAUUCCAAGCCAAGAUGGAUCGAAAAGAAGCAAGGGAUAUCUUAGGUCUCAAAGAGUCGCAGGUGACAAAGAACAAAUUGAAAGAUGCUCAUAGAAGGAUCAUGUUGGCCAAUCAUCCUGAUCGAGGCGGAAGUCCAUACAUGGCCAGCAAAAUUAACGAAGCAAAAGAUCUACUCGAUAAAGGCUUGAGAUAG